GACUGUUGUAAACAGUGCAACGACUUGCGAGAGAGAUGGCUACGUGGGGUGGAGUUAGAUAUAUGAAAUCAUGGCUACAUUUCUUUCGAAAGUGCGAAGGUUCGGCCUCAAAAACCUUCAAGGUGGUCGGGGGUACUCCUUUGACCGGAAAACUCGUGCUUGUUCCUGCGAUAUUAACUUCUAGCGCUCUUUGCUACCUUGCGGCGAGGCGGCACAAAUUUGGCGCAGUCUACGCCCUCAAAAGACAGAAGGACGUGCUGGAGUCGUCGGCUCUGAAGCUGACGUCCCGUGAGCGGCGCUUCAUCAAGUUCGCCUCCGUGGAGCACCAGGGUCAGCUGUACAUGACCACGCAGGACUUUAUCGAGAGCAUCACCGAGGCUGAGCCCAGGCCUCGCCUGAAGCGGCGCAUCCUGCUUCCCCGGGACCUGGACCACUUCUACGCCGUGACCCCGCGGGCCAGCAAGAGCACCACGCACAUGUUCCGAGACCUGCACGACACGGGCAUCAUAUCGUACACCGAGUACCUGUUUCUGCUCUCCGUUCUCACGAAGCCGGCCACGGGGUUCCGGAUCGCCUUCAACAUGUUCGACACGGACGGCAACGAGCGUGUUAGCCGAACAGAGUUCCUCGUGAUAUUGCGUCUGAUGGCACUAAACAUGCUCGAGGAGCUGCGGGUAACGUUAUCAGACGAGGAGGACUACCAGCGCACGCGCGCCGCCCUGGAGAAGAUAUUCAGCCACGCUCGGCGGGAGCGUCGCGGCUCCGGCGGCGCCACCGACGCUGAAGGUCUGUAUGAUCUGGACAGGGACCCGCAGGAGCGAGUCUCCAUUCUGCGCGGCGUUCGCUCUGACGAGGACGUGGAGGACGACAUCCUACAGCACAAGAAAAAGGUCAACACCACUCUGCUGGUGCACUUCUUCGGCCCCAAGGGCGACCACGAGCUCUCCUACGACGAGUUCAAACAGUUCAUGGAGAACCUCCAGGAGGAGGUGCUGGAGAUCGAGUUUCAGGAGUUCGCCAAGGGCUACCACAAGAUCAGCGAGGUCGAGUUCGCCAAGAUCCUGCUGCGCUACACCUACCUGCGGCCAGACCAGUACGACCUCUACAUUGACCGGCUGGUGGAGCGGAUGGAGGAGACGUCGUUGCGGGGCGUCACGUUCGAGGAGUUCAGGGACUUCUGCAGCUUCCUCAACCAGCUGGAGGACUUUGCCAUCGCCAUGCGCAUGUACACGAUGGCCGACCAGCCCAUCUCACAAGAGGAGUUCCACCGCGCCGUGCGGAUCUGCACCGGCAAGGCGCUCUCGGACCACGUGGUAGACACCGUGUUCUGCAUCUUCGACGAGGACGGCGACGGACAGCUGAGCUACAAGGAGUUCAUCGGCUUCAUGAAGGAGCGCCGCCAGCGCGGCUUCAAGACAACACCACGCACCACCGGCUGGCAGGCGUUCAAGUACUGCGUCAAACAGGAGAUGCGCACCUCGACCUAGGUGGACCGGACUACCUGUGCUCGACCUGGGUCACUGCGGCUGCUGACCUGUGCUCGACCUAGGUCAGCCGCCGCGACUGCCGACCUCUGCUGGACUCGGGUUGACCGCUGACCCGUGCCCGACUCGGGUCGGCCGCUGACCUCGACUCGGGUCGGCCGCUGACCCGUGCUCGACUCGGGUCGGCCGCUGACCUGUGCUCGACUCGGGUCGGCCGCUGACCUCUGCCCAGUGCCCGGCGGGUCGGCGCCCGGCCAGUCGGGUCGCUUCCCGUUCCGGCUCCGGCUCCGGUCACGCUCCCUGUGUCUCCCUGAGCUGUUCUGGUCAGUGUGAGUACUGUGUGGGCGGCCGCUCUCUGUGUCUCCCCUGAGCUGUUCUGGUCAGUGACAGUGAUGUGUGUGGGACGGUCGACCGCUCCCUGUGUCUCCCUGAGCUGUUCUGGUCAGUGACAGUGAUGUGUGCGGGACGGUUGACCGCUCUGUGUCUCCCUGAGCUGUUCUGGUCAGUGACAGUGAUGUGUGUGGCUGCGGACUGGACCCCAUGGCCCCGUACCGCCGGUCCGGCCGUCUCAGUCAGUCAGUCAGUCAGUCUGUCCGUCUCGGGGCCGCGUGUGGUGUGCUGAUUAACCCGAGUGGGAUCGACUCCGCGGCGCGGCAAUCUGUGUUAUCCUGUCCCGCCGCCGGCGGUCUGUGUCGCGGUAGUUACACCUCAGCUAUAUAGAGCGGCCCGCUACAGGGUCGCGGAGUAUCGCCGGCCGUCAGACUAGCUGCUGGCACACAGUCCUCAAUGUGCUCUGGUUGUGUUCAAACUCAGUGGUGCUCUAGGGAUUCUGUUUGCUGGGAGGGGCGGAUCAGUGUACCUGGUAGGGCCCCCACACCCGUGUGAUCCUUGUGUUAGGAGCGUGUGUGCUUGUGGCGGGUUGGGGUUCCAGUUGAGAAUGGCGACCUGAGGAUGGUAGGGCCCCUUCGAGUGACGGCCCUCAGUUGGGCUACGAGGUGGAGUGGCUGUUCCACAUCGGAUGGCCGCCCGACCCGAUGUGGAAUUUAGUGCGUUGAAGCGUCCCCCGCUGGUUGAGUCAGUGUGUUUGAGGAUUGUCACUCGCUGUUGGAGUCAGUGUGUUAAAGGAGCGUCCCCCGCUAUUGGAGUCAAUGUACAUGGAGUGGAGGAUUGUCACCCGGCGCUGGAGUCGCUUUGUUGGCUCGCCAUUUGAGUCGUUGUGUGUGUGUGUGUGAGUCGCGGGUGCUUCUCUCGGAGACCGGCCGCUGUGUUUGUUGUUUGCCGGCGGGCGGUGACCGCUCGUUGGCGUGUGUUUGAAGAGCGCCGCUGUUGGAGCCGCGCGGUGCCGACUCGUCUGUGUGAGGUGCCGAGCCGUGGACUCGGCGGGCGGGCGCACGCCCCCGGUCAGUCAGUGCAGACCGCCGCGCCCGGCCGCGCCAAUGGCCAUAUUGUUACAUUGUUCGCAGAGCGCGGUAUUGGAUCGUUGUUAGCACUAACCCACAGUCGUAUGAUCAAGUGAAGCCAGUCUGCGCGCCGCGCUUGCCUCAUCCAUCUUAUGAAUCGCCGCCGAGAUGUACCUUUUCUUGAGCUGUUGCAUGGUUUGUGAUCGCAAAGCGGAUGGUAAAUACACGCCGGAAAUGUUUA